AUGAAUGACCACAAAAUUGUUUUAAUGGGAAAAGAAAGUGCCGAUACUUUUUAUUCUCCAACCGGGGAAAUAUUUUAUUGUUCAAAGAAGGAAGGUCAAUGUGGGGCUAAUUUGGCAAUUAGACGUUAUUGGCAUUUGGUGGAAAUGGAUACCAUUAUAACAGUAAACACAACAUUACAACCUCCACUUACUAUUCCAACCUGGGAUGGUGUUUUGUGCUACAUUUGGUCUAAAGAGGAAAAUAAUUAA